AUGGCAGGUCUUGGCAAAACUACUUUAGCAAAGCUGGUGUAUGAUGAUAUGAAUGUGAAAACGCUUUUUGAUGUCAAAUUCUGGGUGUGUGUUUCUGAUCAUUUAGAUGUCAAGAGGAUUUUAAAAGAGAUGUUAGAGCGUUUUACUGAUAAUCAGAUCUCAGUUCCUCAAAAUAAGAAUGCAAUGGUUGAGAAACUCAAGCAGAAGAUUGAAGGGGCCAAAGGAGGAAAGGAUCAGAUCAAGUAUCUUCUUGAGGAUCUAAAGCUUUGUCUGGAAGGAAUCAGUACAAAUGGCGGGAAUGGAGUUAUUGUGACAACACGCAAAGAAGAUGUAGCAUCAACAGUGCAAGCACGUUCGGAUCAAUGGCAUCAACCAGAAAAACUAGAAAACGAAGAAUGUUGGUCCAUAAUUAAAGAACGUGCACUGAGAGACUCUCCAAUAUCUCACGAAUUAGAGCCUAUUGGAAAAGAAAUUGCUAAGCAGUGUCAAGGUGUGCCAUUGGUAGCUAACGUUAUUGGAGGGUUAAUGAGCAAAAUUGAAUUGAGUCCCAGCGCCUGGUGGGAAAUUCAAAGAAAUAGUACAUGGGGUUCACCAGAAAGUGUGUUAGAAGUGAAAAGUGUGUUAAAACUAAGUUUCGAUCGCUUGUCUUCUCCAUCUUUGAAGAAAUGUUUGGCGUACUGUGCCAUGUUUCCUAAAGAUUAUUGCUUUAAAAAAGAGGAAUUGAUCCAACUGUGGAUGGCUGAAGGAUUUCUUGGCAGCUCUAUGGCAAUGGUGGAUAAUGGUAACAAAUACUUGAAUGAACUUUUAUCAAAUUCCUUAUUCCAAGAUGUUAAGAAGGACACUUGCGGGAAUAUUCUCACAUUCAAGAUGCACGACUCAGUGCAUGAUUUAUCUUUGUCUGUGUCAAAGUUUGAUGCUUUGAUUUUUCAAGAAAAUUCCACUCCCAUCACAAAUGAGUGUUCUCAUAUUCGUCAUCUCAAUGUUGGAUGUGAUGGGGAAUCAUUGCCAAGAAUGUUGACAAUAGAUCUCCAAACAUUGCGGUUCUUUGGUUUCGAGACGUUCACCUUUCCGGAUGGAUUGGAAAAUUUGAUAAGCUUGAAGCACUGGUAUUUUGAUUGUGAAGGGCUUCAACCAGAUAAUAUUGGAAACCUAACUUGUCUUCAAACAUUACCCGUAUUUUAUGUGGGUUCAGAAAGGGGACGUUCAAUUAAGGAGUUAGGAUCCCUAAACGAACUCCGUGGAGAAUUCGAGAUACGCCGUUUACAGUGUGUUAGAGACAAACAAGAGGCUAAUGGAGCAAAUCUACACCUUAAAUUAUGCAAGUUGAUAUUUGAUUUUAAAGGGAGUGAUAGUGAUAACAGUGAGGAAGUGAUGGAAAGUCUCCAACCCCACUCAAAUUUGCAAAGCUUAACUGUUAGCAGUUAUCAAGGCAACAGCUUUCCCUCAUGGAUGUUAAGAUCUGUUGGUGAUUCUGGUUUGUUUUUGCUUAACAAUUUGGUGGAGCUGAAUUUUUACGAUUGCCACAACUGUGAAAGUCUUCCACCUCUGAGCCAAUUGCAGCAACUCCAGUUUCUUGAGUUGAGAAAUCUGAAGAAAGUGAAAGGCAUGGGUAAUGAAUUUUAUUGCAACCAAGGUUCUGCUGGUCUCGGGAGUGUUUUGGCAUCAAACCACAUCAGGAUGAGCAUGCGGACUUUGCUGAUGAUUUCAUGUCCACCAAGAGGUUCCACCUUCGAGUCACCGUACUACUUCUUCUAUUGCUACCUUAGAGGACCUCUCCGAACGGUUCACUCGCUUCGAGCAUCAUUGCUUUCAAAGGUUUGA